AUGAAUGAAGACCUGAAGGUCAAUGCAAGCGGGCUGCCUCGGGAUCACUUAGAAGCCGGCUCUGCGGAGAACGUCUCGGCUGCUGUCUCCUCGCAGACUCCUGUGGUGGAGCCCGAGCCCGAGCUCGUAGUGAACCCCUGGGACAUUGUCCUGUGCACCUCGGGAACCCUCAUCUCCUGUGAGAACGCCGUCGUGGUCCUUAUCAUUUUCCAUAACCCCAGCCUGCGAGCGCCCAUGUUCCUGCUCAUAGGCAGCCUGGCUCUGGCAGACCUGCUGGCGGGCAUCGGACUGGUCAUCAAUUUUGUGUUUGCCUACCUGCUUCAGUCAGAGGCCACCAAGCUGGUCACGGUCGGACUCAUUGUCGCCUCUUUCUCUGCCUCUGUCUGCAGCUUGCUGGCGAUCACGGUCGACCGCUACCUUUCCCUGUAUUACGCUCUGACAUACAAUUCGGAGAGAACUGUCACGUUCACCUAUGUCAUGCUGGUCAUGCUGUGGGGGACCUCCAUCUGCCUGGGCCUGCUGCCCGUCCUGGGCUGGAACUGCCUCCAGGACGAGUCCACGUGCAGCGUGGUCAGACCGCUCACCAAGAACAACGCCGCCAUCCUGUCGGUGUCCUUCCUCUUCACGUUUGCGCUCAUGCUCCAGCUCUACGUCCAGAUCAGCAAGAUCGUGAUGAGGCACGCCCAUCAGAUCGCCCUGCAGCACCACUUCCUGGCCACGUCGCACUACGUGACCACCCGGAAGGGGGUCUCCACGCUGGCCAUCAUCCUGGGGACCUUCGCCGCCUGCUGGAUGCCUUUCACCCUCUACUGCCUGAUCGCAGAUUCCACCUAUCCCUCCAUUUACACCUACGCGACGCUCCUGCCCGCCACCUACAAUUCCAUCAUCAACCCUGUCAUCUAUGCUUUCAGAAACCAGGAGAUCCAAAAAGCCCUCUGCCUCGUUUGCUGCGGCUGCGUUCCGUCCAGCCUCUCGCAGAGAGCGCGGUCGCCCAGCGACGUGUAG